ACGAUUGGACGAAUUGGAAUGGAGUGAGGCCCAGAUGAGCUCAUAGUGUGGUGGGGAUAGCAACAUCCAAACACUCCCUAAAAUGCCAAAACCCAGAAACAAGAGGAGGAAUGGACAGAGUCUGGUAACCAUGGCCUGACAAUCCAACACACCCCUGCAAAAAUGGAGACUCACGCUAUUUCCAUUCCCCUCGCGAAAUUCUCCUCUCUCCCUCGCCGCAGACGGAAAUUCGGUCGAAUCAACUCGUUCAAUUUCAGAACCUCCAUCUUCACUCCAGUACUUCGCUCCAAACCCUUCUCUCCUCUCCAAAUCCGCUGCCUCUCCAUCUCCGACCACCAUCACCACCACCACCACCACCAUGACGAUCAUAACCACCACGAUAAUCAUAAUCACGACGAUCAUCAUGAUCAACAUCACCACCACCACCAUGAUUACGAUUCCGCUGAGCUAACUGGACCGCAGAGGGCAGUGAUCGGUUUCGCGAAAGCCGUAGGAUGGUUGGAUUUGGCCAAUUUUUUGAGGGAGCACUUGCAGCUCUGCUGUUGCGCCACCGCUCUGUUUCUGGCUGCAGGAGUUUGUCCUUACUUGGUCCCCAAACCGGCCGUCAAGCCUCUUCAGAAUUCUUUCAUUUUCGUUGCUUUUCCCCUAGUUGGGGUCUCGGCCUCUCUUGAUGCAAUUACUGAUAUUGCUGGCGGCAAAGUGAACAUUCAUGUAUUGAUGGCGCUUGCAGCAUUUGCAUCUAUUUUCAUGGGGAACUCAUUGGAAGGAGGUUUACUUCUUGCAAUGUUCAACCUCGCUCAUAUUGCUGAGGAGUUUUUCACUAGUCGUUCAAUGGUGGAUGUCAAGGAGUUGAAGGAGAAUAAUCCUGAUUCUGCACUUGUGCUAAAUGUUAAUGAUGAUAAUUUGCCAAAUUUUUCCGAUUUGUCCUACAAAAGUGUUCCCGUGCAUGAUGUAGAAGUGGGAUCCUACAUUUUGGUUGGCGCUGGUGAGGCUGUACCUGUGGAUUGUGAAGUCUGUCAAGGUAGUGCCACAAUAACCAUAGAGCACUUGACUGGGGAAGUCAAACCAUUAGAGGCAAAAGUUGGAGACAAGAUUCCUGGUGGAGCUAGGAAUUUGGAUGGUAGAAUGAUUGUUAAGGCCACAAAGAUGUGGAAAGAGUCAACUCUUAGCAGGAUUGUUCAGUUGACUGAAGAAGCACAAUUGAAUAAACCAAAGCUUCAGAGGUGGCUGGAUGAAUUUGGUGAACGUUACAGCAAAGUGGUUGUAGUUUUGUCAGUCACAAUUGCCCUCAUUGGACCAUUUCUUUUUAAGUGGCCAUACGUUGGCACACCAGUCUGCAGAGGAUCAAUCUACAGAGCAUUGGGACUAAUGGUGGCUGCAUCACCAUGUGCCUUGGCAGUAGCUCCAUUAGCAUACGCUAUUGCUAUUAGUUCAUGUGCAAGAAAGGGUAUAUUGCUUAAGGGUGGGCAAGUGCUUGACGCCCUAGCUUCAUGCCACACUAUUGCAUUUGAUAAAACUGGGACACUGACUACUGGGGGACUUACAUUCAAAGCAAUUGAACCAAUUUAUGGGCAUUGGAUUGGAAACAAGAAAACAAGUUUCUCCUCCUGUUGCAUUCCCAGUUGUGAAAAAGAAGCUCUUGCUGUAGCAGCUGCCAUGGAGAAGGGUACAACUCAUCCUAUUGGAAGAGCAGUAGUAGACCACAGCGUAGGGAAAGACCUUCCUUCUGUUUCAGUUGAAAGCUUUGAGUAUUUUCCUGGUAGAGGUCUUAUUGCUACUCUUAAUAGCACUGAGUCAGGAACUGGAGGCGGUAAAAUGUUGAAGGCAUCACUUGGUUCUGUAGACUUCAUCACUUCACAAUGUAGGUCUGAGGAUGAGUCAAAAAAAAUCCAGGAGGCUGUUAACGCUUCUUCUUAUGGGAGUAACUUUGUUCAUGCUGCCCUUUCUGUUAAUGAAAAGGUAACAUUGAUUCACCUUGAAGAUAGGCCUAGACCAGGGAUUUCAGAUGUUAUUUCUGAAUUGAAAGAUCAAGCAAGACUACGUGUGAUGAUGUUAACUGGUGACCAUGAGUCGAGUGCAUGGAGGGUUGCAAAUGGGGUGGGCAUCAGUGAAGUAUACUACAAGCUGAAGCCUGAGGAUAAGCUCAACCAUGUAAAAAGAAUUUCAAGAGAUAUGGGGGGAGGACUUAUUAUGGUGGGUGAAGGCAUUAAUGAUGCACCAGCUCUGGCUGCAGCAACUGUCGGGAUUGUUCUUGCGCAACGUGCUAGUGCAACUGCUAUAGCUGUUGCAGAUGUACUGUUGUUGCGGGACAAUAUUUCUGGUGUUCCAUUCAGUAUAGCCAAGUCCCGUCAAACAACAUCACUGGUCAAGCAAAAUGUGGCCCUUGCUUUAACAUCUAUAGUUGUGGCAUCUCUUCCGUCUGUCUUGGGCUUUCUUCCCCUGUGGUUAACGGUUCUUUUACAUGAAGGAGGUACUCUUCUUGUUUGUCUCAAUUCUAUACGCGCUCUAAACGACCCAUCAUGGUCCUGGAAGCAUGAUUUAAGCCUCCUGAUCAAUAAACCGAAAUCUCGAUUAACCUCGCCAAUGAGUCAUAAUGCAAGUUCAAGCAACAUCCAAGUUGAACCUUUGUAGCUAGCUCUCUUGGUUCUAGUUCAAUCUUAUUUUUAUUUUUUAUUCUAUUUUUGUAGCAAAGAGCCUGCAAGUUCUGUUCUGUAAUUUCUGGGUAUAAAGCGGAUCGUUGCAACUUCAGUUUACACUUCGAAUAACAACUCUUCUACAUUUUGUAAAAAUCUGAAACAACCCUUUUUUUCUUUU